AUGGGCACCCAAGGCCUCGACUCGACAGAAGACCCCCGCAGGCCCCCUGAUCAAUAUUCACUCGACCUUCCUCAACUGAGCCCGGCGUCCGUGCCUCCUCCCGCCUUGGCCAGUGGCCGCACCGCGAGGCGGAAGGACGCUCGAGCGUCGCCGGCCGAACUCUUUCUGAUCGCCGAUUCCUGA